AUGGAUGCACAAAUGAGAGCUUCUGUAGUUGGUUUGCUUUGUUGGUUUCUUGCCAUAGCAAGUCUCCAUUUUAGUUCAUGCAAUGGAAACUCCAAUGCGUCUGGCAUUGCAAAGGAGAGAAAAGCCCUUUUGCGGUUCAAGGACAAUCUUACUGAUCCUUCAAGCUUGCUGUCCUCUUGGGCUAGUAAUGAUGAUUGUUGUUCUUGGGAUGGAGUUGUCUGUGACAACUUUAGCGACCAUGUUCUUGAGCUCCAUCUUCAAGGUUCAUGCACAGACGACAACUGCAAAAUAUUGAGUGGUAAGAUAAAACCUUCUUUGCUCAAUUUGAGACAUUUGAGUUACUUAAACUUGUGCUACAAUGAUUUUGGAGGGAUCAAAAUCCGCAAUUUCGUCCGUUCUUUAAGGAGUUUAAGAUACCUUGACCUCUGUGAAGCUGGAUUUAGUGGACCAAUUCCUCAAACACUUGGGAAUCUCUCAAGUUUGCACUAUCUCUGUAUUCCACAUUGUUCUAAUAGUUUAGUGAGUGUUGAAAAACUUCAAUGGAUUUCUGGUCCUCUUGUACUCCAACACCUCGAUUUAAGUUGUGUGAACCUUAGCCAAGCAUAUGAUUGGCUGCAGGUGACUAGUAUGCUCUCUUCUUUAGAAGAGUUACACUUGCUUAACUGCCAACUUCGUCCCUCUUCUUCUUUUCUUGGCCUUAAUUUUAGUUCUCUUCUUGUUCUUGAUCUCUCUUUCAACUACUUUAAUCCUUUGAUGCCAAAUUGGUUGUUUGGUCUUACUGGCCUUGAUUCUCUGGUUCUACGCUAUUGUGAUUUUAGUGGUCCAAUUUCAAGUGGCCUUCAAUACAUGACCAGCCUUAGAGACCUCAAUCUCUCAUGGAACCAUUUCGAUUCCACCAUACCCACAUGGUUGUAUAAUUUCAAGGGUCUCAAAUCACUCAAACUUGGUGGAAAUGAUUCACAAAGUCUAAUCUCAGAUACCAUUCCUGCUUGUUUGGAAUUUUCUUCAAGAAUUGAUUAUUUAGAUCUCUCUAACAACCAAAUUGAUGGAGAGAUUCCAUAUAUUCCAAAGCAUAAUAACUUUUCAUACUUUGGAUCGGUAACCUACUUAACUUCCAACCGAUUUAGUGGUCCAUUGCCCACUAUCUCUCCUCAUCUACAUGAGCUAGAUCUUUCCAACAAUUCAUUUUCAGGAGAUAUGUCCCACUUCUUGUGUGGAAGUUCAAAUGAAACAAAUCAAUUGAGAAUUCUUAAUCUCAGAGAAAAUAAUUUAUCAGGGAAAAUUCCUGAUUGUUGGGUGAAUUGGCACUCAAUAGAAUACAUAAACUUGGGAAACAACAAUCUAGAGGGGAGUAUUCCAAGUUCCAUAAAGUUUCUAGGUUACUUGAAAUCAUUGGAGGUGCGCAGCAAUAGUCUCUCGGGAGAAUUUCCUUUGUCUCUACGAAGUUGUACAAAUUUAUUAACAGUAGACCUUGGUGUGAAUAAAUUUGUUGGAAGCAUACUGGCAUGUAUAGGGAGAAGUCUUAUAGACUUGAAGUUUCUUGGCCUUCGUUCCAUCAAGUUUACAGGGAUCCAAGAUGAUGUAAUUCUGGUGACAAAAGGAAGUGAGUAUCAAUAUAACACUAUUCUGGCACUCGUGACCAACCUGGACCUUUCAAGCUACAAUUUUUCAAGAGAGAUCCCUGAGGAACUCACAAGUUUAUUGGGCUUGCGAUCAAUAAAUCUAUCUCGAAGUCACUUGACAGGAAUGAUCCCCAAGAAGAUUGUUGUCAGUGUAGCCAGAGACGACACAAACGACGUCGUUUUGGAGUACAAGAAAGCACUAUAG